CACCGUAUGCAAAUCACGGUCAAAAAAAUCAGCAACUUGUUUCCAGCUGCCGAAGUCAACACACUCUGGGUCUGUAGUCUGCGAGUAAUCGAGAUCGAUUCCGCCGCGAAACUCGUCUUGCAAUUUCACUGGCUGUUGUUUUACACGUCGGACUAAUGUUGUGCUUUUAAACUGUAACGGAAACGGCAGAGAUAAUGGAACUUUACGAGGCCAAGUUCGACUACGAAAAGGAGCGAGACGAUGUUUUGAGCUUCCGGAAAGGUGACCAGUUCGAAAUUACGCACAAGCCCGACAGUAAAUGGUGGGCUGCCAAACGAGUUAGUGACAACGCAAUGGGAUAUGUACCAGCCUUGUACCUACAGCACACCAAAGACCGCGUUGUUGGUAGAUUAAUACCAGAAGAUAUACGAAAAUCGCAAGAACACAAUAUUCAUCUUCAGGCAUUGUUAGAACUACAGAGAAAAGUUAAACCUAUUCCAGCCCAUGUUGUGAAAGCUGCACUAGGCGCAACUAAUCAAUUAACCAAUCAGAAGGGAGAUGCUUUAAGUAAUGAGGAUGACAAUGAUGAGGAGAAUGCUAAAGAUGGUGUUCCUUAUCACCAUAAAUGUAAUGUUAAUACCAGUGAUUAUCAAUAUACUGAUAAAAUGGAUGACAUCAAUAUAACUCCUUACCAUCAUCAGUGUAUUGCUGCUGAUGCUGUGAUUGAUGACGGCAGUGAUGAUAGUGAUCUUCCAUUCCAUCUGAAGUUUCCACCUCCUGAUGAAGCCCCGCCUACUCCAGACUACGACUUAGAGGAUUAUCAGUUUGAUGACAUGACUCCAUUUCAUCAUAAGUACCACAUCAAUGCAGAAGACAGUUUUCCGUUCCCUCCUGAUGAAGAAGAUGUUGAAAUCAGACCGAAGCCGUUACCAAACCCAGUAUUACAGUCAAAAAAACACCAGGAAUUGCAUAGGGAACUAAAAUUAAUAAGUAAAACGAAUCCAAAGGGUUUUGAUAAACCUGAGUUAACAAAAGCAUUUGCAGCCAGAAAGUCUGAGGAAGAAAAACAAACAACGAUAGUGGAAGACAACCAACCAGAGUUUAUGAAACUUAAACUCCGACAUAGAUCUGAUAGUCAAGGGAGUAACAAUUCAUGA